AGUAGUAUUUUGACAGGCAUUCAUUCUCUUUUAAGAUUGUGAAACAAGUUCUCUGUAGUCUGCAAUCAUGGUUUCAACAACUACUGUGUCUGCAAUGAUAUUGGCCACCACUGCAGUAGCAUCAACACAGAGUACUGCUCUGACAGAGUACAUGUGGCUGCUGAUCAUCGGCUUUAUCAUCGCCUUCAUCUUAGCCUUUUCUGUGGGUGCCAAUGAUGUUGCCAACUCAUUUGGUACCGCUGUGGGCUCUGGAGUGGUCACCUUGCGACAGGCAUGCAUUCUAGCCACAGUGUUUGAAACACUGGGAUCUGUGCUCCUUGGGGCCAAAGUGAGCGAAACCAUCCGUAAGGGUAUUAUAGACGUCGGCAUGUACAAUGGCACGGAGUAUGUGUUGAUGGCUGGAUCCAUCAGUUCCAUGUUUGGUUCUGCUGUGUGGCAGCUGGCCGCCUCCUUCCUUAAGCUCCCUAUCUCUGGAACACACUGCAUUGUUGGUGCUACUAUCGGCUUCUCGUUGGUUGCCAGAGGGCAGCAGGGAGUCAAGUGGCUUGAACUCCUUCGUAUUGUUGGUUCCUGGUUCUUGAGUCCCCUGCUGUCUGGAAUAAUGUCAGGCAUUGUUUUCUACUUUGUGCGCAUGUUCAUCUUGCACAAGAAAGACCCUGUGCCUAAUGGAUUGAGGGCCCUGCCUGUCUUUUAUGCCAUGACUAUGGGAAUCAACCUGUUCUCCAUCAUGUUCACUGGAGCGCCGAUGCUGGGAUUUGACAAGAUCCCUUGGUGGGGCACCCUGCUCAUCUCGUUGGGCUUUUCUCUGCUGACUGCCAUUAUGGUCUGGUUUUUCGUCUGCCCUCGCCUCAAGAAGAAGAUCGAACGAGAUAUCAAGUCUUCCAGCCCCUCUGAGAGCCCCCUGAUGGAGAAGAGAGAGUUGAGAGAGGCUCACUGUCCAAUCCUGAAACAGACUGCACCGCCUACCACACCAGCUGCCAAUCAAAACCCUUCUGCUCAGUCCCAGGCUGCCCCUGAGGAGCGCAGGGUGGCAUUUGACAUCGGAGAUUCUGAUGAUAUUGACAAUGUCAAGGAACGCAGGGUGGCGUUUGACAUUGGAGAUUCCGAUGACACAGACUACAGCAUUGCAAAUGGUGCCCCCAAACAGGUUCUAUCAAACAGUCAGGUCCAGGACAACAACCAGCAGGUCCUGCACAGCAAUGGUUCAACAAAUUCUUCCAAUCAGGUCCACUUUAAUAACCAGGUUCAGUUCAACAACAGGCCAGCGCAGAUACCAAGUAAUGGCUACAGCCAGUACCACACGGUCCACAAGGACUCCGGCCUCUACAAGGACCUACUGCACAAGCUCCACCUGGCCAAAGUUGGUGACUGCAUGGGUGAGGGGGGUGACCGACCUAUCAGGCGCAAUAACAGCUACACCUCCUACACCAUGGCCAUCAUCGGCAUGCAUGGAGACUUCAGACACAAAGAAGGGGACUUCCGUGCCAGUGAGGAUGGUGACAAAGGUGCAGGGUCAGGUGGUCAGGACCGAAAGCGUGUGCGCAUGGACAGUUACACUAGUUACUGCAAUGCAGUGGCAGAGCACACAACCCCUGAAGGUCUGGGAGAGGGUGAUGUGACACUAGAAAUGGGGAAAGACGACAGUAGCCAAAGCUCACUGGAUGAAGACAGGCUUGAGUCAGACAAGCCAGAAGUCUCAACUCUCUUCCAGUUCCUCCAAAUUCUCACUGCCUGCUUCGGAUCCUUUGCCCACGGAGGAAACGACGUUAGUAAUGCCAUCGGACCAUUAGUAGCUCUGUGGCUGGUUUACACAACUAGCAGUGUGACUUCAAAUGAACCCACACCCAUUUGGCUGCUGCUGUAUGGUGGUGUGGGCAUCUGCGCUGGACUCUGGGUGUGGGGUCGCCGAGUGAUUCAGACUAUGGGCAGGGACCUUACCCCCAUUACCCCGUCAAGUGGUUUCAGCAUUGAACUGGCCUCAGCCCUGACUGUCGUGGUAGCCUCUAACAUUGGCCUGCCUGUCUCCACCACCCACUGCAAGGUGGGGUCUGUGGUUGCAGUAGGAUGGCUGCGUUCAAGGAAGGCAGUAGACUGGCGUCUGUUCAGAAACAUCUUCAUGGCGUGGUUUGUGACUGUGCCCAUUUCGGGCCUGAUCAGUGCCGCCAUCAUGGCCAUCUUCAUCUAUGGCAUCCUGUGAGCAUCUGGGUGCACCCCAAGAAGGGGAGGAGAACGAAAAACCGCUCCAGGAGAAAGGGAGUAAAGUUGGAAGGCCAAAAUAUAUCGCUUACCUCAAGCCAACAACUUUUGAAAGAAAAAGGAAAAAAAUAGAAAUGUUUGGAAGGUUUUGUGAUAUGGGCCUGUGGUUCUUGGCUGCAUCAAUUUCAACCUAGAAUUUGCUCUUUGUUCCAGUUGGGCCACAUUAUUUCCAUUGGGAAUCUUGCAUUUCUUUGUUUUGACUUACUUUUUCAUAUUUCAUAUCUAUCAACUAAAAGCAUCAACUGUUUUGUUUUUGUUUUUUCCUAAUACUUUUUUUUUUUUUUUUUUUUUUUAAUUUACAGUUAUGUAUAUAAAACCAUGCCGUUUUAAUUUUGUUUUACAUUUGAAAGAAAUGAACAAUUAGCCUUUUCCAGAUGUAACUUCAGUCAUAACACAUGCUGAAAGUAAUGUAGAUGCAAAAGGAGUAUUUUUAAGUGAAAAUAAGGUUAUUGGUGUGUAUCUGUGUUUUGUUUUUGUUUUUUCCUCCAAUUCAAAGUAUUUGUUACUGAUGAAUUAAUAUUGUAUCUGGCUUCCUGGUAUCCCUUAAAAUGGGGUAUCUAUCUUCCUUUCUCUUGUUAGAACAACAUUGACCUUAAAAUGUAAAUUCAUCGUGGUUGGUGUUCUACCAUACAUACAAAUUAUGUAAUCAUGUUCACAGCACUGCAGUUUUGUCUUUAUGACACACUACUAGCAGAAUAAUUUACUAUGGUAGAAGCUCUAAUUGUACACACUGGAUAACCACAUGCAGAACGAUACAUACAAAAUACAGUUUCAUUAUUAUUUAAAAAGUCAGCACACAUCUGGCCGGAAAUGACAAAACCCAAAUGGUUUAAAUCGAUGGCCAACCUGCGAUUCAACUUCUUUCAUCCGGAUCUCCUGAGGCUCUAUGUUCUUGAUCAGUGCAGAAGUAACUGCCUGAAAUAACUUGGUUACUUGAAUUUGAGAAAUGUAACAGAAUGUCAACUACCAUGAGCAUAUUCUCUCAAACAAGACCUUAAGUCUCCUGCUAAAACUUGACUGCAUCAUCCUUGGAGGUGAAAUGCUUUAGGACUGCUUCAGCCAUGUUUUUCUGAUUCACCUUGUAUCAUCUACUUCCCAGUAUGAUUUUUCUUCAGUGGAAUUUGCACCUAUAUAGACAUUUGGGUUGCUCUAGUUUUCCUCUUUCUGCCCUGGCCCUGAAGAGCUGGAUAAGGUUGUAAAUCGGGGGGUGGGGAUUCUUUAAAACUGGAAGUUAUGUGGUGGUUUGGGUUGGAGCUGAUCUGGUCUCGUUUGAACGAGGACAGACAAGUUGCAUGCCACCAGCGUGUGGUUAUUUGGCUGCAGUACUAAAUGCAUUUAGACCUAUAGAUGCUAUAGCUGCCUUAACUGUUUUAUUUUCCGUUAGGUACCAAAGAAAAGAGUUCUUUUGUUUUUGUUUUUUUUUUUAAAUGCACAUCAACAUACUCUACUCCACAGUGUUGGAUUAAAAAAAUAAAUAAAUAAAAAAAAAAG